AUGGCUGACGGCACGCAUAUACUCAUCGUGGGAACCGGUGCCGUUGGUGCUUUCUACGGCUCAAGAUUGCACGAUCCGGCGAACAGCGUCUUUGUCUCGCUGGUCUGCCGAUCUAACUAUGCCGCCGUCAAGAAGCGCGGUGUCUACCUGCGCACUAGAGACUAUGGCGAAUACCACUUUCGGCCUCAUGCGGUGUACCCGUCCAUCCAAGCUGCCGCCGACUCUGGACAGACAUGGAACUACGCCGUCGUGACGACAAAGUGUCUGCCAGACAUCACCGACGAUUCUGCCGAGAUUGUGCCGAUCGUGAGCGACGAGACCCACAUUGUAUUGAUACAGAACGGCAUCGGACUAGAAGAACCGCACCGUCGCCGAUUCCCCCAAAAUCCCAUCCUCAGCUGCGUCACCAUCGUCAGUGCCGCUCAAGUCGAGCCAGGCGUGAUCAUCCAGCAUCGCUGGACUCGCGUCAGCAUCGGCCCGUACGGUGUCGGCCAGAGAGGCGGAGAUGACGUACACCAGCUAGAAUCAAGAGGCCAGGCUUCCACUUCGGAAUUCGUCAAGAUGCUCACCCAUGGCGGUGUCAAGGAUGCUGAAGAGUACGACGAGAAGGGUCUCCAGCUCGUUCGAUGGCACAAGCUCUGCAUCAACGCAUCGAUGAACCCCUCAGCCGUCUUGUCUGGCGGCGCGGGCAAUUCGACAAUGUCGCUCGAUACCGAGCUCAGAAUCCAUCUCAAGGCUUGCAUGGAUGAAAUCUUCGUGGCUGCGCCCAAAGUGCUUGGACGGAGCUUCCCCGAACAUCUGGCAACGCCGGACAAGAUCCUCAGAUCGACCGAGCGCAAUACAAACGCAAAACCUAGCAUGCUGCUCGAUUGGGAGAGUAACAGGCCUAUGGAGAUCGAAGUCAUUCUCGGCAAUCCUGUCAGGAUCGCACGAGCUCACGGAGUAGACAUGCCCCGCCUCCAAGCAUUGUACGCAUUACUUAAAAUGGCGCAGCAGCGCCGAGAUCAGGCCAACGCACUCAUGGGCGGCAAACGUGCGGCCGACAACACUGCGCUCGAGGUCGAAUCCAAGCUGUGACCUCCCACUCCCUGUCUUGAAGCAAAGAACCAUACACGCCCGCCUCCGACCUUUCUUUUGGACAUUUUUAGCAUCACACGAGCAUUAGCAUGACCUCC